CGGCCGCCAGUCUAUCCAAUUUCGGCGCGGGCCUCCCAUCCCCCCUGCCUCAGUCUCUUUUUACCCGCAACCCUUUCCUCUCCCACUCUCUCUUUAUAAUAUAACCAGUCGGGCACCUCUGCAGCACCGUCCCCCCUCGUGCCGUCAAAUCAGCACAAAACACAUUUUUGCACUCUGCUGCUUCUGGUCAAAACACCCUUCAGCCUUCCAUCAUCAACUUACCAUUACAUACGCUUCCACCUACGGUUACAGCUAGCUACAGCUACAGCUACAGCUACCUACCUACCCGCACUCAAGGCUACUACGACGCCCGCAGCAGCCAUGUCCCACAAGAAGGUUGGAUUCCGGGACGACUCCCCUUCGGGUGCAUCCCACUACUCCGAUCACCAAAGGAGCGAUUCCGGAGUCGGUUCUCUGAGUGGUAGCGACUGCGGUGCUCCCAACAGUGAUCGUACCUACACACCCCGUGAUUAUGACGAUCGUCGGGACGCUCGCGAGAUCUUGCGCCUCAAGAAUGAGUUGACGCAGGCAGACGACAAGAUCAAAGAUCUCCAGGCCAAAAUCCAACAACUUGAACGACUUCAAGCAUCUCACAUCAAGCUCAAGGUCGAUCACAAGGAGGUCAUUCAGAGUGAGGCUACACUGCAAGCACAACUGGACGCGAAACAGAACGAAAACGAGGUCCUAUCCGAUCAGCUCACCGAGCUGAAGUCCAAGAAUACCGAGCUAGUGCAAAAGAAUAAGGAUCUUACCAGCGAGAACACCAAGCUCAAAGAGGAAAACGAGAAGCUGCGGGAGCUCGAAGACGCCAAGAAGCUCAAGGACCUAAAGGACCCCAAAGAGUCGAGCGAAUCCGUCGAUUCCGAAAAGAUGAAGAGACCCCGGCGCAAGAGUAUGUCUAUGCCCCCGCCAUCCGACUCAUCGGAUGACAGGAGACCUCGCCGAAGCUCGAGCCGACGCGCUCCACAUAGAGAACACGAGAAGUUGGACAUGGAGAAUGAGUGGGAGCGACAGCUAGAGAGGGAGCGACAACUGGCACUGGCACACGAACGACCGGUCAUUGACGAGGAGAAGGAGCGUCUCCGCAGCCGCUUCCGCACCCGGGGCGACGACAACGAUGCCAAGAGCAGCAGCCAAUCUCUCCCAUCUCUCCCGCCGGCUACCAUCAGAGGCCAGUCACGGCGUGAUAGCUACAUUGAGUCUUCUGGUCGCGGUGCACCCAGACCACAGGUUCCAGGCCCUCAGCUUGUCUCCGGGAGAGAUGCCUACGAUGGCUACUCCUAUAAUGCGCCCUCCUAUCCAGCACCACAGUACGCGCCACGCUCUGCCGCUCCUCCGGCACAUCAUCCAGCGGUCUAUGUUCCAGCGCCUGUUGGCUACGUUGACAACCGGUAUGCCGCCGAUGAUGACUACCGUUACCACCAGCAGGCGAUCGCUAGCGCAAAGAUGCCGCGGAGACAAUAAGUUUCUCGAUCAAUCGCCACGACCAUCAGCAAAAGCCAUGCUCAUUGUAACAACACCCGUCUUUGGAUACUUUUUUUCUACCUCCUCUUUUUGGUUGCUUCGCUGCAGCUGAGACCCUUUUUUCUGCGUUUUUACCAUUGCAUGCCAAACAUUACAUCACAUCCUUUUUGAAUCCCCUCCCCCGAUUGGCAGUCUUCGGAUCUGCAUCUGCACCCGGCGA